AUGCUUCUUGCUUUCCUGACUGUGCCAAAGAGAGUGCAUGGUGACCACAAGCAAGGGCAAGCCUUUUCUUUUAAGGUUAACUUCAAGAUAAGCAUGAACAGCAGACAUACUUUCUACCUACUUUCCUGUGUCGUCUCCUUAUGUCAUUAUGGGAUUACCCUAAUAUGGCCUGGAAAGCAACUCAAAAGUGACAGCUAUAAAGAACUCGCUGUCUCUGGUCAUGAUCUGAAACUGUGCGAGAGCCGAAGAAAUGUCUGUGUCAUGGAUAUUAUGGAUUGUAGCUUUGAGCCUUUAAAAGGGAAAGAAAUGUUUUUGGACACAUCAUGUCAUUAUCUUGUCCAUGAGAGAUCUUUUGUCUGCAAAUGGAUUUACUUAGAUGAUGCGAAGAUUAUAAAUUCAUUUAUUUUCAGCCAAACGUCAGCCUUCAGUCACUGUCCUUCCAUUUUCAACCCACUUGCCGAUUUCAAUUUAAUCAUAAAGUCAAAAAACAUCAUCGACAAAAAAGAAAUGUACUCUGAGGUCUAUGCAAUAUCCAUUGCAAACAUAACCCAAGCUCCACGUCCAACUAUCAUGUCUGUGAAUGCAACAGAGACUUCAAUAAUUAUAACAUGGAUGACUGGUCAAUUUCACAGCAGUGCCUGUCAAAUCUUCUACAAAUUGUCCACCUCAAAAUUCUGGACUGUGGUUUCAGUUAUUCCCUUUGAGGAGAAAUUUCCUGAGAAUUUGUAUACUAUUAAUGGCCUGCAGCCUUUUAGCCAGUACGAUCUUACUAUUGCCUGCAGAGGAGCAUAUGGACUAUGGAGUGACUGGAGUGCAGAAUACCAAGCAAUGACACUAGAGAGUGCACCAACUGCACCACCUUAUGUCAGUUACUGUGUUGAGCCAUUAGAUGACAACUUUGAUACUCAAAAGCUGGUACUUCUUUGGAAGUCUUUAGAGAGAGGUGUGGCUCAAGGAGUCAUUCUCGGAUAUGAGGUGACCUACACAUCAACCAAACGGGCAUCUCUGAAGAGAAUAAUUAACACUACUGAUCUGAAGGCGGUCUUAGAGAUAGCUGUAGGAAACUACAAUAUAACAGUGAAGGCCUACAAUAUUGCUGGACAUUCUCCAGCUCAACAUGUUGGAAUCAGUACUGGAUUUUAUCAAAGGUUGCCUGCAGUAAAAGGACUCUGGGCCAUUGCUGAAGCUAGUUCACUGAGGAUUCGAUGGGAGAUUGAGAAGACAGCUAUGAAUGUUACUGAGUUUGCCAUUGAGUGGUUCCCUUUUCAUGAUGUUGCCUCAAAGCAGUGGAAAAGACUUAAUGGUUCAUUUUCAACUGUUCUACCAGGCAGCAUCAGACCAUUAAAGACCUACAACAUCAGUGUUUAUCCCCUUUGUGACGCACUUUGUGGGCCUCCAGCGUCAGUCCAGGCCAGCCUGAAGCAUGGCACUCUUUUAGACAUUGUCCAGUUAAAACUGGUGAAUGUGACCAAAACAUCCGUGACAGUCAAGUGGGUUUGGCAGGAAAAGGCCCCAAGCACUAGUACUCUUCAAUACAGACUUGCACUAAGAGGACUACAUGAAAUAAGAUCAUUAGUAGUUUUUCCACAUCAGUGGACCCACACAUUCUACAGAUUGCAGACAAAUGUCAAGUACUCUGUGUAUAUUUAUGGAGAAACUACCUUUGGUAACUAUUCAAAGACAAAUAUUGAAUUUACUACACCUUUUCUUGAAAAUGAUGGAAUAAUUAAAGCUGUUGUCCCAAUAGUGUUUCUUAUCAUUGGAUUUGGUAUUUUCUCAAUUCUGUCUAGAGCAAUCUACAAGGACUCCUCCUCCAACAUUAUUAACCCUGGCCAUAGUUUCAUUGGACACUGGCUCCUACAUUCGCUUCAUGAGAGAGACCACAUCAUCAGUGUGCUAAAACUGGAGGAUUUCACAUUGCCUAAUCAAGUGAUUGAAAAGUCUCUUAUACAAAUUGAGUACCAAAUGUCAGAUGAAGAGGAUUUUGAUGAAGACAAAUUUCUGUCCAAGAUUUACCCACCUCAUGACUGUCCUGAAGAAAAUUCUGUUAAUGUGGAAAAUUCUUUGACACCCCAUGGUCUCACUGAGUAUGUUGAUUUGCCCCUGAUUCCUGGUCAUUCUGAAUAUGUUGUCAAUUGUCCUCUACUUGGUAGUGCUAGCUAACAUUUUUGAAUACUGAGUUUGGUUGGGAGCACAGUGAGCAUCAUAAAUUACCUGUGCAAAAUGUGCAGUCAUUUAUUUUUAGUAUAAACUUUGAAAGUAACCUAAAGAUUACAUCACGGUUCUUGGCUAUUGCAUCUUUAAGAAACUAUGCCAUGCUUCUCAUUGACAUGAUUUAUGCAGUGAUGUACAAUACUUUCAUUUCACUUUGGUCAAUCUGGUUUUCACUGCUACAUUAAUGUGUGUAUAUGAUGUAUAUAUGUUGCCUUAUUGUGUACAUAUUCACUUGUGUGGUGCUUUAUGUGCAAUGCAGUACAUUAUGGCAUGGAAAUUCAUGAUAAUAUAACCACAUUUCAAAAGCAAAAAUGUUUUUGGAUUAAAAUUAAGGCAGUUUAUUAAACUGUUGCAUUAUCACAAUAAAGCACUUUGAAAUCA